AUGAAGAAUACUUUUAAAUUAUCUCGUUAUUUACCACAUCAUUAUCAAGAUAAUGGCUACAAUGAUUAUCCAUCAGAUACAAAAUAUCCAUCAAUAUGUGCAGGUUGUAGUUGUCAAAUAUAUGAUCAAUAUUUAUUAAAAGUUGCACCUGAUCUUGAAUGGCAUAUUCAAUGUUUAAAAUGUUACGAAUGUGGACAAUAUUUAGAUGAAACUACAACAUGUUUUGUUCUCGAUGGAAAAACUUUUUGCAAAUUUGAUUAUAUACGAUUGUUUGUAUCUAAAUGUGCCAAAUGUCAUCAAUCAUUUUCUAAAAAUGAUUUAUUUAUUCGUACAACAUUUUAUCGAAGAUUUCAUACAGAUUGUUUUCGUUGUGAUCAUUGCGAUCGUUUACUUACAUCGGGUGAUGAAUAUUAUAUUCAUAGACAAAAUGAAAUUUUAUGUCGACAACAUUUUCAACAAUUAUCAUUAAAUGAAACAAGUAGUACAGAAUCAAAAUCAUCAUCAUCAUCAUCAUCGGCAGAUUCAGUUGGAAUUCCAACAGCAGCAACAAACAAUAAUAUUCCAUUACGCCCACCACCAACAUCAUCAUCUUCAUCGACAGCAUCAAGUUCAUCAAAUCAAGUAACAGUAGGACUUAGUAGUUCGAAAUCAACAAAUAAUGGAAAUGUUAUACGUAAAGAUAAAACAACACGCAUGCGUACAGUAUUAAAUGAAAAACAAUUAUUAACCUUACGUACAUGUUAUAGUGCAAAUCCUAGACCGGAUGCACUUAUGAAAGAACAACUUGUUGAAAUGACACAAUUAUCACCACGUGUUAUACGUGUUUGGUUUCAAAAUAAACGAUGUAAAGAUAAAAAGAAAAGUAUAUUAGCAAAACAAAAUCAAGAACAACAAAAAGUUUUAUCAAGUCUUAAUCAUGGUAUACCAUUAGUUGCAUCAUCACCUGUACCAAAUGAUAUGAAUAUUGGUUUACCACCAGCAUCACUUGUUGAAGUACAAUAUCAUUCAGGUGGUCCAUGGAAAACUUUUGGUGAAACAUAUCCUUCAUAUACAAAUGAUUAUCAUUCUCAUAAUCAUCAACAUCAUUUACAACAUCAACGACAACAAAAUUUUCAUGAUAAUGUUCUUAGUGGUUUUGCAUCCGAAGAUGAUAGCAAUUGUUUUGAUGCAUCACAAUAUAGUGAAGAACGUAGUGACAAUAGUUGUGAUGGAAGUGCAACUGGUCAACUAACACUCUUGUAA